AUGGACGAUGAGAUGGAAGAAUAUAGAGAGAACGACAAGAAGAAGACUAGAGAGGCAGACCGGAGAGAGAAGAAGAAAGGGAAGAGAGAGAUGAGAGAGAGGGAGAGAGUGAGAAAGGGAAAAAAAGAAGCGUGGAAAAAAAAAUCGGCCUACGUGGAUGGUGGAAGCGAGGCUCCGAUCGGGGGGAGAAGAGGAGGGAAUGGGAUGCUAGGACGAGCCAAGGCCCGUCUGAAAUGGGAAUACACCCGCCAAGCUGUCCCUCGCAACAAGCGCACGACGGGCGGCGCAUACGGGGUAAUACCGACGAUACCAGGCUGGCGGUUGCGUAACAAAACGGCGGGAGUGACGAAUUCCCCAAAGGCGACUAAAACAAGAAAGGAAAGGCAAAGGCGCGAGUUCUUGGCGGUGCGUCGUCAGCCUUUUUGUCAUCUUUUUUUCGCUUCUUCCACCAAUAACGCCGCCUUUGCGCUGCCCGCCGCCUCCGCGCUUGGCCGGCUGCUUGGUUGCUUGUUGCUGCUUGUUGCUGCUGCUGCUGCCCGUGGCUUGCGCUGGGAAAUCCCAUCUCGUCGUCCCGCUUCCUCCACGAAUACAUAUGUGCAUACAUUUCAUACUGUACACACACAUACGUGA